CAAGUUUAUUAAAAGCGCAGAACUCGUGAGCUACGGACGUGUUUCUGUUACGCUCGAGCGCCUCGUGCAUCUAAUCAUCGCCUGUCUUCGGUCUUCGUCUACGUCUGCGAAUCGGUCACAGUCUCCGUUACAAUCUCCGUUACAGUCUCCGGCUCAUCGCGAUCUUUCGCUCUCGCUCUCUCUCUUUCCCUCUCUCACUAUAUUUCUCAUACAGUGACUGCGAAUCGUGAAAUCGUGUCACAAUUGAUUUGAAAUUUGUGUGCAGUCGCGGCAAUAAAAAAAAAAAAUAAAUACGAGAAGAAAAAAAUUAAUAUUACAUAUUAUUUGUAUUUGGCAAUAAGACAGGCAUUUUCUGUGCACGCCGGCGUCGUCGUCGUCGUCAUCGUUGUCUGGCUGCGGAUUUUGUCAUCCUCGACAGCAUCAGCAUCAGCAACAGCAUCGACUUGAUCAUUGUUAUUUCGCCCACGCGUUAAUUAUUCCUCGCUUUUAUUUGGGCAAUGCCCAAUUCUAAAUUCAAGCAACUGUAACAAUAAUAAUUUUGGAGAAUUCCCAAAUCUAAAAUGCAAACGCGCAAUUUGAAAUUAAAGCAGCGCAGUUGCAGAGCUGCCGGCGCUUCGGUUACCGUUACUCUGCUGCUAACACUGGCGCUACUGCGGAUCGACGUCGCUGUCGGCAGGCCUGAUGUACGGCAAUCGCCAUUUGCUUUAGACUUGCAACCGCCAUUGCUUGAGCCCGCUGCCACCGAUGCGACAUUCAAAGAUAAUGGCGAUCGUGCCAUCGAUAGCUAUGGCAAUCCCAUUGAUGCACUGCGUCCGAUAGACACGCCCGAUGGCCGCAAGGUCGUCAGCGCCCAGGGCGUUCAAUUUGAGAUACCCAAUUAUGCAUCGGGCAUCACUGAGAUACGACAGCCCGCUGAUGAUUUGCUGCCACCGCAUAUUGCUCCAGCGUUGCACCAUCAAGGAUCGACAACGACAACGACAGCAGCUCCACUUGUUGAUCCGAAUCCCUUCAACUCGGCCACAUUGCCGCCCUGGCUGCAGGACUUUGACUAUCCCGAUGUGGGUCCUGGCGUUCCCUAUAAUCCCGACAACUUCAAGGAGCCUUCGAGUGGACAACCACAAGCUGGAGGUAGUAAGCCCAAUGACUUUCAGCCACAAGGCUUUGGCAGCAGACACAUUAACUCUCAGUUCACAACAACAAUUCCAACUCCAACUCCAACUCCAAUAACAACAAUAACAACAACAACAAAAACAACUACUAGCACAUCUUCGCCUGCUGUUAGCGCCUCCUCCGCUUUUCCAUCCAAAGUCACGCUUCCGCUUCCAGCCAUCAACGACGCUGCCAGUGAGUUGAGCACUGAGGAGCCGCCGCUGGUGUUGAUCCCACCUGUCGAUGAAUCUUUAUCUCCACUUAGCAGCAGCAGCAGCAGCACCGAUUCUAACCCUGACUUCAGCGCCGCUCCUAAUCCGAAUCCUACUACAAACUCUAUAUCGCAUUUUCCAGCACCCUUCGAUACUCCCACUUCCAUUUCUGGCCAGUCUCCCACUUCGACAGAGCAGUUCCCACUCUCAGCCGACAGCCCGAAGGUCGAGUACACCAAGAGCGACGAGGGCAAGGUCAUCAGCACUCCGGUCAACACACUGCGCAAGGAUUCUCAGCCUUCAGUUGCACCACCAACACGAUCAUCCGUUAGCAAUACGGGCAAGUAUACUGGAGGAUUUGGUGGUCCACCGGGAUUAUUGCGUCCACAAAACGUCGCCAAGCCGGACAUCUAUGUGGCGGGCAAUGAUCACGAAUUCAGCAACACUGUGAAGGCCAAUCGGCAGCGUCCUGGUGCUGCUCCAGCUCCUGCUGCCAAUACUGGCCGCUAUACGGGCGGAUUUGGAGCGCCAAGCGGCGUGCUGAGUCCACAAAAUGCGCCCAGACCCUUCCAGCAGGCCCAGCCUCAACCUCAACCUCAACCUCAAUCCCAAUCUCAACCUCAACCACAGGCGACUCGCUCACAUCCACAACUGUCGGGCGCUGCGUCGAGUCAUCAUCAGAACCGCUUUGGCGGACCACCUGGCAUCCUGGUCCCCUUCGACAAUGUCCAGCGCACUGGAGAGCAGUAGACAGCAUCAAAUUACUGCAACUACUUUAAAUUAUUUAUUAAGUAACAUAAUAUGUAUGUACUUAUGUUAAAGUUUUCUAAGUUGGAGUCCAGGUCGAAGUUGAAGUUCUCUUUGUAUCCGUAGUAAAAGUAAAUGCGAAUUUUAACAAACGACAAAUUUCCCUCAAUAUUUAAAUACAUUGCAUCAUACACACGAUUAAGAUGUUAACAAAACGUUGUACAUAUCAUGUCAAAUGUUAUUUACCUAAUAAAAUUUAUAUAAAA